CCCACUGUAGAGCUGCGUUCCACUCACUCCAAUUACUAUUUCUAAACUUUCAGCAUUGACUUCAACAAAAUGUAAGAAACUUGACAUGGGCUUUGAAACGCCUUGGAAAAUAACAUAACGAAGACGAAAUGAAAAUCAACUACUUUUGGGAUUAGGAAAAAAAAAACGCAAAACAACGGGGAAGACCCGAGGCAGAAUGGAGACUAUUAAACGAAUUGUCCUGUUUAUGUCAUGGUUCUUUAUGUGAGUCCUUAAGUGGAAACUCCAGACUUUUAAUAAGAACUGCAUGGUUCCAGUAUGAAAGUCAAUUAAGUUGUUCUCCAAGAAGUGUGGUUGCACAGAAUGAUGCAAGUGUGGUUUUCUACUGGAUUUUAAAAGCAGAAAAAGGAAUUAUAUAACCUGAAUUUACAAUGAGGCCAAAGACGUUCCCUGCCACUUCAUACCCUGGGAACAGCCGCCAGAGACUGCAGGAGAUCCGAGAGGUGCUGAAGCCACCUCCCAUGCCUUCAGGCCAGAGCUUACCUUGCAGUCCCGAAUGCGAAAGCCAGCCUGACUCGAAAGCCUCAGCAGGGAAGGACGCAGCUAGGCAGCAGCAAAUUAGAGCAGUGCCGAAAUUUGGCCCAUAUCAGAAAGCCCUGCGAGAGAUCAGAAACUCAUUGCUGCCCUUUGCAAACGAAACUGGACACUCUACAAGUAUUGAAGUGAACAGACAGAUGUUGCAGGAGUUGGUGAAUGCAGGAUGUGACCAGGAAAUGGCCAUUCGCGCUCUGAAGCAGACAGGCAGCAGAAACAUUGAUGCAGCCUUGGAUUACAUCAGUAAAAUGGGAUACCUGGAUCCAAGGAAUGAACAGAUAGUGCGUGUAAUCAAGCAGACUUCCCCAGGAAAAGGAGGUGGGUCAAGUCCUGUGGAUCAUAGGCCAGUAUUAGAGGGACCAAGUGAUGCAAUGUCUCACUAUCAUCAAAUGGGGAAUCCAGGUGGCUAUGGAGCAGAAAGUACAAACAUGAUGGGAGAGAUACCAAGGCCGUACAUGAAUGUUCCAGUCGUGAACUACAUCAUGCCCUCAUCACAGGUUCCAACCAUAGGCAGCCCAAUGCAGAGGCCCUCAAGUAUCGGUCCAUACACAGCGAUAUCUGCUCAGAAUCCGCCAGGGAAUUCCAUGUACCUUCCAUGUGAUCUCAAACACCAGCAGAAGCCAUACCCCGCAAACAUGGAGCAGGCCAUGAUGAUCUAUUCCAUUCCAAGCCACAGUGGACAGCCCUUGCAACUGCAAGGAGCUCCAGGUCCAAGCAGCCCACAUUAUGUCAGACAGCACAUGAUGGGGCCGGCUGAGACCUCAGGGUAUGGCGUGAAGAGGAGCCCUUCCUUUCAAAACAAGAUACAACAGGAGAGCAAUUAUGGAAGCCUGCAGAGCAAAGGAUCGCUGGGUCAGAACAGCACAGGGUAUUCCUUCCAGCAGUCACCGUCCAACCUAUACCUUCCACCACACGCUCAUCACAGGCAGUCAAGCCCUACCUCUCACCAGGUGCACAUGAUCUCCAGAGCUUCAGCAAUGGGGACCGAUUUCCAAGAUGUCCCCCAGAACCUAUUGACUCCAUCCAGAGCCAGCUUAAAUAUGGACCUCUAUGACCAUCAGGUCCAACAUUGGGUAACACCUUCCCCAACCAGGCAUGAAUCCCUACCUAACCCUGGACCAGAGGCUCAGGUCAGACAGCAGCAGGGCCCCUUCAGGGGAGAGGUCCACGGUCCCAGCAGAAGCGGCUCCUUCAAAAAUCAUCAGCAGAAGGUGCAUGUGACAGUAAGGCAACCAGACACUUCCCUUGCCCCACCCAACACUAUCACUGCAGUGACAUCGGCCCCUAUCCUACAGCCUGUGAUAAGCAUCCGGGUCAUGAGGCCAGAGCCAGAGAUUGCAGUGGGGCCUUGUCACCCUGGAUGGCUGCCAGCCCAGUCACAAGCUUUAGAGAAUUCCGAACUGAUGGAGCAGCAUUCCUAUGCAGCAGCUGGGGCCGAAGCCUAUAGUGUUGAACCCAUUGACUGUGCUGUCCAAGAACCAAGGUGCCCUCCUCCACCAUACCCCAAAAACUUGCUGCUCCCAAGUAACUCAGAGCAGCAGAUGGAGAGCAACACUUGGGUUGUCCCUAGCUUAAUCUCUAAUAAGUGUGAAGACACAAGCGGUGGAGAGAAGAAUGACAAGGCCAGCAGCAAGGGUGGGAAAGCAGAGAAGGCCAUGAAGGACAAGAAGCAGAUUCAGACGUCCCCUGUGCCAGUACGUAAGAAUACAAGAGAUGAAGAGAAGAGAGAAUCCCGCAUCAAGAGCUACUCUCCUUUUGCUUUCAAGUUCUAUAUGGAACAGCACAUAGAGAAUGUCAUGAAAACGUACCAGCAAAAGCUCAAUAGAAGAAUACAGCUUGAACAAGAAAUGUCAAAGGCAGGGCUUUCUGAGGCAGAACAGGAACAGAUGAGGAAGAUGCUAUACCAGAAGGAGUCCAACUACAACCGACUCAAAAGAGCGAAAAUGGACAAGUCCAUGUUUGUGAAAAUCAAAACCCUGGGCAUUGGUGCUUUUGGAGAAGUGUGUCUCACUCGGAAAGUGGACACAAACGCGUUAUAUGCCAUGAAGACCCUUCGCAAGAAGGAUGUCCUGAACCGCAACCAGGUGGCUCACGUGAAGGCUGAGAGGGACAUCCUUGCUGAGGCCGACAAUGAGUGGGUGGUAAAGCUGUACUACUCUUUUCAGGACAAGGACAACCUCUACUUUGUCAUGGACUACAUCCCAGGAGGGGACAUGAUGAGCCUUCUCAUUCGCAUGGGGAUCUUCCCAGAGCAGCUGGCCAUGUUCUACAUUGCCGAGCUUACACUAGCCAUUGAGAGCGUGCACAAGAUGGGAUUCAUCCACCGCGACAUCAAACCUGACAAUAUCCUGAUCGACCUGGAUGGGCACAUAAAGCUCACCGACUUCGGUCUCUGCACUGGCUUUCGCUGGACCCACAAUUCCAAAUACUAUCAAAAAGGGAGCCACAUCAGACAAGACAGUAUGGAGCCCAGCAAUUUCUGGGACAAUGUGUCUAACUGUCGCUGUGGAGAUCGGUUAAUGACACUUGAGCAGAAAGCUGCCAGACAGCACCAGAGGUGCUUAGCACAUUCCUUAGUGGGGACUCCCAACUACAUUGCUCCUGAGGUGCUCCUACGAAAAGGCUAUACACAGCUUUGUGACUGGUGGAGUGUUGGUGUUAUUCUCUUUGAAAUGUUGGUAGGGCAACCUCCAUUUCUGGCUUCAACUCCCACAGAAACUCAGCUAAAGGUAAUUAACUGGGAAAACACACUCCAGAUCCCACCGCAGGUUAAACUUAGCCAGGAGGCGGUAGAUAUAAUCAGCCGACUGUGCUGCGCUGCCGAGGAGAGGCUCGGGCGCAAUGGGACAGGAGAGAUCAAAGAACAUGCUUUCUUUGAGAAGAUGGAUUUCUCCAGCAACCUGCGUACACAGCCCGCACCCUUCCUCCCUAAGAUCAGCCACCCCAUGGACACCUCCAACUUUGACCCAGUGGAGGAAGACAGCCCAUGGAAGGACAGCGGUGACAGUACUAAGACCUGGGAUACACUCAGCUCCUCUCACAGCAAGCACCCGGAGCACGCCUUCUAUGAGUUCACCUUUCGCAGGUUUUUUGACGACAACGGUUGUCCGUUCCGGUACCCUAAACCCCCUGAGAAUGUGCAAAGUAGCCGGGAUCAGACAGACAGAGAGAACCAAGAUUCAGAGGAUCAAUGUGAAGGCUGUGAACCCGUAUAUGUAUAACACAAGGGCGACACACGCUAUGAGGAACGCGUCUUGGAAGCUUGUGCUUGUAAACACUGGCGAGAGCUGAAUCUUCAAGUCUGAAAUUCUAAAAGAAAUUGGUGCCGCAGGUUCUGGGGGUGAAUCGAAAAUAGGCUCCUCCAUUCAAACUGAUAGAUAAACUCACCCAUUAACAAACAAAAAGGAAUGACUUCCGUGGUUUUCACAGUCCUAGUAUUUAAAGCACAAGUGAUUUACAAAUGUAUUAUCCAACUUUUUUUUUUUUCUCCUUAAAUUUUGAAAUUUACCAUGAAACCACUAUAGAGGGAUUGACAGAAAAAGGACAUCAUACAAAUGUUUUACAGUCAAACAUAGCAAAAAUAUCAGAUCCUGACCCUCAGUUUAAUUUGACACGGUGGAAUUAUUUUCAAUUGGAAAACAGUGAGAAUAGUGCAUGGGCCAGGUGUAAUUGGCCAGAUCACAGAGUUAUACGUUGUUUCCAAGUAAAGUAUCCCAUGGUCAGGUUCACUUUAUAGUAAAAUGUGAUUCCUGCUGAUUGUUUACUACAUCCUUCCACAGUUUACCAUUCCAUACACUUCCCAGCAUCAGGAACCGGGGUCUACAGUAUGUUAAUCCUGCUGGUGUUUUCCUCUCAGGAAAUGUUCAUUGACCCAUUAGUAAAUACAAUCAAAAUACAUAGACAGAAUCCCACAAUAAAAGAAACCUUGUUAGUUUAUAGACAUUCUACAAAGUUACACUGUUAAAAAAAAAAGUAAACUUGGGAGCCUCACACAGUGUUUUUCCACAUAUUAAGAUAUUUAUAAAAAGAUUACUUUUUAUAAAUAUUUUUAACAAUGUAGUGUCAUCUUCAAGCACACACCUUCUUCCUCUGUAUAGUGUGGUUAUACAUAUGUAGUUAUGUAAACAAAAAAUAUGAAUUAUUUUUAAAACCAUAUUGGACGCUACACCUUUGAACAGUCUAAAAAGAAUAAUAAAAUACAGGGCUCCCUUAUUAUUUCACGAUUUCAUAGAUUAAUUCAACGUUUAUCUGUGUAGACAGUUGUUUUUUUUUCAUGUAUGUACUAUACUUCACUAUAUAAGGAGCCUUCAGCAAUUCACUGUUUCCAGUAUUUCUUGAUGUGUAGUGAAAAGAACAAGGGAGUAAUAGUCUGUCCUCAAGCUUUUUAACAGCGAAUUCUAGUGUAAAUCACUAGAGGUAUAUCAAACAACAGGUUAUUGAACACAAUCUUACUUAGAAACUGUUUUGCUGUAAGAUUAGAUUAAUGUAGAGAGCAUGCACUUACUGUCCAUCUUCCAAGUAGCUACUAAUUUCAAGGGAUGGAUUCUGGCAAACCAAGCUGCUACUGCUUUUGUUGUUCUGUUCUCCAGUGAAUGGUUCUAACUCUUACCUAAACACUUACUCCUCCAACAGUGUGAAAACCAAUACCUGAAUGUGAAACUCAAAUAGGAGAAUGCAAAUUGAAGUGCUUUAUAAAUGAGAAGCAUGUGAUAAAAAGGACAAUGUGCAAUACAGAAAUGAUAUCAUUAUAUAGUUUUAUACACAUUACAGAUAUCCUUUUUUAACACUUAUUUUGUUUUAUAGUUUGUAUCUUUUCAAUAUAGUAAAUGGCCUAAUGCUGCUUUUCUUGUGAAAGAGUAGGUUGAAUUGAAAGUGUGUGUAGAGUGUGGCAUACUGAGUGCCGUUAAUGCGAAUGGUGUGAAGGAUUGAUGCAUGAUCAGUAUUUGUGAAUUAUGAAUGAGAAUUGCUUAUGUUUCCACACAGGCUGGUCCUGUGCAAAAAAAAUAAACAAAACAAGUAUAUAAACAAAGCAUACAGUAGGUAAUUAUGCCGGGGCUCUAUGAAUAAAAACAACAACUGAUCACCAGCUAGAUAUAUGUAUUUUUGGCUAAAGAAUUGAUUGGCGACAUCCGUUUUUCAUUUUGACUCAAUACCAAUGUCGUACCGCCCCCUAAAGGCCAAAAAAACUAUUUCUCUCCCAGCAUUGAUACAUGCUUAAUAGAAUAAUUCUCACAAAAUUACCAUGGGUAAUCAAUGUUGAAAAAUACAUUGGUAAUAUUAGAUUCAUAAUGUAAUGUUAGGGUUCAGAUGUGGUGAUGAACUAACACCUAUUUAAAGAAAUGAGCUGGAUACAGAUGGAUUACAGUUCAACAGUUUUAUUAAGGCGGCUACCUGAUGCACACUCUCUCCUCUGUCAAUCACUCAGUUAUCAAUAACGCUUCUUGAUACUAGCGUACAAAGGUAAUUCUACAACCAGUGUCUCCUGCUUAGCACAGAUCACCAUCUGGAAGUUAUUUUCUGGAAGUCAUACAAAGCUCAGUUAUAGCCAACACACACAUUUCACCAAAUGGCUGGCCAGACGAUACCCUGAGAAAAAAAAUCGGACUGGAGCGGCUUUUCUUCAAACCAUUUUGGAAGGCAGGGCCACACAGCUGAGCAGAUCUUGGAGUUGGAGAAAUCCUCCAAGAGUUCAUGAAUGAAGAGCUUGAUAUUCUGAGUAACACACUUUAUGCUUGUGUCUACUCAUAUGUCACAUCUCCAUGGGUCAUCUUGUGCUCAAAAGUAUUUUCCUACUUUCAAGAGCUUCUUAUCACUCCCUUGCUAAAUCUCCUUGGUAUUGAUGUGAAGAAGGAGUUAAUCCUGUGUGUACGUUCUGUGAUGAGGAGAUCAAUGAUGAGAAUUCCCCUUCUGGGAAACCAAACUCAAGGUAUUGUCAGAACACACAAAAAUGAAUCACCAACUGAUUUUUCAGCCCAGAAUACAUAUAUUUAGCUGGUGAUCAGACUAAUUGGACAAAAAAAACAUGCACAGUCCCCCUGGCCUAAUGUAAUGGGUCAUUGGCAAAUUAUAUAUAUUUUUUUCUUUCCUAGUUUUCCAAAUAUGUUGUUUGUACCAGGCAUAUUUACAAAAAUGUCCCAUCAACACAUCUGUUAAAUUUUCCUUUUGUAAUUAUAUCAAUAAAACAAUGUUAAAAAGAGCAGGAUACACUUAUCUUAUCCCUAUCGUGUUUUACUGAAUUCAAGUAAAAAUAAAAUGUUUAUGCAACACAGGCAAGCUAAAUAAAUAUUCUUGCAUUCUGAUACGCUAUAUAGGUCUCACAUAUGCAGUUUUAAUGAUAUCUGGUACCAUGCAAGGUUAAAGAAAUCUGUCAAUUUGUUAUUCUCGCUUUCAAGCAGCUGAAAGCAAGAAUAAUGUAAUGCAAAAUAAUAGCUUUCUCCACCUAGUAUGGGACAGAUAGCAUUAUUCGAAGUAAAAAUAUAUGUCUGUUAAAACAUGUUCUUUCACAACUGCAAUGGCAGACCUGCAUAGUGGAUUAUUUCAUUAGCUGUAAUUCAGUGUGUUUUAAACACAGUAAACAAGGCAAGUCCCCUUUUCUGGUUAAUAAUGUCCCCAAGGUGGUUUGGCAAUUUUUUUAUUUAAUGAAAGCCUGGCAUGUUUUACAUCAAAGCAAGGCUGGCUAUUAUACAACACAUCUUGACAGUGCCAUGCACUUUUAUUCUAGCCAGCAAAGAAAUGUACAAUAUAUUAUGUUGUACUUUAUAUUAAA